GUUCCGUGGAUAUAACAAAUAUGUUGGGUAAAUUGGUCAUUUGUUUAGUGAUUGCGGGAGUAGUUUUGGCUGAGAAGUACACCACGAAGUACGACAACAUCGAUUACAAUGAAAUCAUUAGUAGUGAACGUUUGCUGAAGAACUAUGUCAACUGUCUUAUGGAAAGAGGACCGUGCAGUCCCGAUGGAGCUGAACUCAAACGUGUCCUCCCUGACGCGUUGGAAACGGAGUGCUCCAAGUGCUCAGAUGUUCAGAGAAACGGAGUCAAAAAAGUUGUAGCUCAUCUGAUUAAAAAUAAGCAGGACAUGUGGGAAGACUUGCAAAAGAAAUAUGAUCCUGAAGGCAAAUACAUGGUCAAAUAUCAAGAGCAGUUGAAGGCGGAUGGACUUCUUUAAAAUCUCGCAAUGAUGAAAAUCUGUGUGCGCUUUGAAAUACCUCAAACUAAUAUUUUAUUACUUAACACUAAAUAAAACAACAAUUAUGUGCA